ACUUCGUCCGUGUGCCCCGACUGCCACGGCCGUGUGAAGAAAAACAUCCGACAGCGGCUGUCAUCUCGACCAUGGCAAGCUAGAAAGGGAAGAAUGGAAUACGUCCAUGGAUUGGUGGGUUGCCCCAACCCCGAAUGUAUCAACCAAGACUGGACGCCAUUUGAGAUUCCUGGAAGACGACCACAACGACUACGGAUGAAAGUGCACAAUCGGGACGUCCUAAGCACCAAGAAUUUUCUCUUGAUUGUGCGCUCGGUGGUGCUUGGCAAUGGCCACAGACCAGACGCAUUCUCCCGUAACCGGUAG